AUGAACCUCGCAAAUCCACUGCUUGGCAACCCGAUGGCAAAUCCUCUAUUAGCUUUAGCUGCAGCCCAAUAGUAGCAAGCCUAAAAUCAAGGAUAAGGAUAAAAUUCAGCUUCUCAAAUAUUUUCAGGAGCUGCUGGUUUGAAUCCACUUUAAAUGUAAAUGAAUCCAAUGCUUAUGAUGCAAUAUAUGAUGGGAGCAUAAGCAAAUUUACUAGCUCAAUAGCAGCUUCAGUAAUAAUAAUAGUAGUAACUCCAACAAAACCAAUAAAAAUAAACUCAAAAUACUAAAUAAGUAGCUCCAACUACAUAACCAGCAGUGAAAAAAGGUAAAUCAAAGGAGGGUUAAAUUUAGGAAUAGUAAAUAGGAAAGACAAAAGUUAAAAAAUCAAAAUCAGCUUAUAUUGCCUUCAUUGAGAAAAAUAUAGCCCAGGUUAAGUCUGAUAAUCCAGGUCUUGAGCAAGCUUAGAUCAUGAAAAAAACUGCUGAAAUUUGGAAUAGUAUGGAUGAGGUACAAAAAGCUCCUUACAAGCAAAUAGCCUCAGAUGAUAAGCAAAGAUAAGUAAAUUAAAUCUAAGCUCAAAACCCAGAGAAAGCAAAGCCUGCAGUUAAAGCUCCCAAAGCCAGAAAGGAAAGAAAGGGAGGCAUAACCUCUUAUAUGGUAUUUAGUAAACUUAUGAGAGAACAGUAUAUAAAGGAAAAUCCAAAAAUUUCUCAGAACGAGGUAAUGACAAAAUCUGCUCUUCAAUGGAAGGAGCUUACAGAUGAUUAAAAGUUGCAGUACAAAAAAAUGGCUGACCAAGUAAACUCUUAAAAAGAAAUGACCAAAGCACUUGAUAAUGCCAAACUUAAUUCAAUCUCCAAUGGUUAGAAUAACGUAGAAAAUACUAAUACUGGAUCGACUGAUAUUUCUCAAGGUAGCCCGAUGACCAACCCAAUUGAUUUCCAAUCUAAAAUAUAGGCUAAUUCUGUUUAGAACUAAUUCAAUGCAAAUAUUUUGGGGCACCAAUAAUUCUAGGAUAAUCCAUUCAACACCUUGAUGCAGCAUAUCUAGUAAUAGUAAUAAUAAGCAGCGCAAAAUCAACCUCAAGGCUUUUGA